AUGUAUAGCAAUAUUGAACAUCAUCUGAAGGACAUUAAUAUUGAUCCUUUUGUUCAUCAUAAUGAUAUUUUAAUAAAUACAAGCUUGGGUGAUAUCCAUGAGCUCUAUUCAAUUAAAAAAUUAAAUGAUUCUCUAAGUCCAGUUGACUUUGUGCCUGUUUCCCCUACAGGUCCGCCAUGUACGAUAGUAUAUUCAGGAGAUAGCUGUUUUCGAGUUGAAAUUGAUGGAUCUAAUACACAAAAGAAAAAGUUUUUGUAUUCCAAAAAAUUGAACUGCUUAUUCGUGAACUCUGGACACAAUUUCUCGGUGAACUUUGAAUGGGACACCAGCAAGGUACUCCACCCAGUGUAUGUCCGCGCUACAGUGGUGUUCUCCGCCCCUUGUGAUGCUGAGAAGAGAGUGGAGGCCUGCUACCAGCAUUAUGCGUCUUGUGAUGGUGUGAAAGCAUUGCCGGAGAACAUCCGUCACAAUGUGCUGCGGUCGGGGCGUGAGGUGGGCGCGCCCGACGUGUUCUACUGCGGCGCGCCCGCCAGCACCGACUCCUGGUACUCGGUGCUGGUGCGCUUCCCCGCGCCCUCCUCCCACGCCUUCCACUUCGUGUGCAGGAACAGCUGUAGCUCCGGCAUCAACCGCAGGCCGCUCAGCCUCGUCUUCACUCUCGAGAGUGCCGCAGGCAACGUGUACGGCCGUCAGAUUGUGGGUGUGCGAGUCUGUAGUUGUCCCAAGCGGGACAUGUGCAAAGCUGAAACCGCCGCUCUAUCGUCAUCUGACCACGGCCUCCUCCAGAGCACCCCCGCAAUGAGCAGUACUACCCCGUCGAGCAAACGGAUCAAGCUGGAGGAGAGCGAGUGCGACACGCUCGUGACGUUACCCGCGAUAACAGUGCCGGGCAAGCGCGUGGCGCUGGCGGGGCUGCGCGUGAUGCGCGACAUGCUGCUGCAGACGCGCGCCGUGCAGCUGCGCGCGCGGCCGCAGCAGGACGUGCGCGCCGUGGAGCGCGGCCUGGCCGAGCUAGCGGCGGCGGCGGACGCAGUGUACCGGGGCGGGGACGACGAG